GGAUUCAGCCAAAAAACUAUACAAAAUGAAGAAAGAAAUGACCCAUUGAGGAUAGAUGAUAGCGAGGGUGAAUGUUCCAAUCUGAAUGAAACAUCAAUAAUAUUACAAGAUAAUGUUCUCCCGGUCAGAAACUUAGAAGACAUCAUUAAUGUAAAAGGUAUUAUUUUUGCAUAUUAUUUGCAUUAAAUUAACUAAUUAAACUUACUAAUUAUCACUUUGUAACGUAAUUUGUUGUGCUCAUAAUUUUUUUGCAGAUAUUGUAGAUAACAUGAAACAAAUGUUGCGCAUGCAAGCAGCAUCAAAUAUUGUGUUGAAAGAUAUACAGCAACGAUUAUCAAAGAUAGAAGUUGCCAUUAAACGCCGCACGUUAAGUCCUAUCAAUAUUAAUGAUGAUUGCAUAGCGCCAUUUUUACCAUUAACGACAAUUGCUGUGGUGAAAGAGUUUGAUGCAUUACUAAAAGUAUCAGCUGAAGCCGUGAUACAAUUUAAACAGUUUUUGUCAAAAACGGGUGGGAACAAUGCCAAAGAUAAUAUUCACCAUAUCCUAAAAAAAACAUUAACAAAUGAAUGUUCCAUGAAAUGUUCUUGGAAAGGACUACGAAAUAAUUUCAAAGUUUCAAACUUACAUUUCAUCGAAAUUAUUAAAAAAGAAGUAACAUCACGUUAUGUUACAUUAACGGAAACAGAAUUUGAUAAUUUAGUUGCAGAGUGGAUACGCUUUGCAGCACAGCGAAAUAAGAGAGACAAAUCAAAGGAAACAGUUGACGGAAAUGAUAAAGAAAACAUUGCUGAUCCAAACCAUGAAGAAAGAAACAGUACCGGUGAUGGUUAUAAAACAAGCCAGUGGGUGCUGGGACUGUUCCCUUUUAAAGAUAGAGUCCGCACUGGCUACGCUAGUGGGUGCUGGGACUAUCUUUUUUGGGAACAGAGUCCGCGCUGGCUACGCUGGACUGUCACUCUUGGGUGGCAGAGUCUGCACCAAUGGGAUUUUUAA